GCUUAAAACAUCGCAAUGGAGCAAGAGAAACUGCAAGAUCAUGCUUGAAUAGUUUGGUACUUAUUGUUGGCCUUGCUCGUAUGAUUCCUUCACUUGCAAAAAAUCCGAAUACUAAUGAUCCUCUAUUGAGAAAGGAAUUAUUAGCUUGUCUUUCUGAUCAUCUUGACGAUGAAAAAAUAUAUCUUGCCCAAUGUUUCCAUUAA